UCAUUCCUGAUAGUUACAAGCAAUUUAAAGGAAAUGACAGUGUCCUGGGUGCAGGAUAUGGAUGCCUUUAGUGUGGGUGGUAGGUGCUGAUGGGUUGCAGGUACAGAGGAGUGAGCAACUUCUAGACAGUUCCAUGGAAAACAGGAGUAGUGUGAUACAGGAGAGCAAGGAAACUGGUGAUAGGGAGCAGCUACACCAAAGGGCUGAGCAGCCUGUGUGGUUUGGAACUGUGGUUGCCUGUGGUGGAUGGCUGCCCAGGCCACUUGGCUCUGCUGCAGGAACACAGCUUUGCUUGUCCAGGCUCAGCAGAGCCAAGGCAGGAUGAAGAGAGCAGUUGUGUUGGCAGCCAGAGAGGAGUCUGUCCUGAGUCCUCUCUGGCUUUCCCAGUUCCAGCUGGAUAGAUGUUUCCAAACACAGUUUAACAGCUGGUGUCCACAGGGACUGGCAGAAGUGUAAAUGCUCAUACUCUGCCAUUCUCUCUUUCAUAGGCAGAGGUAGCACAGGGCAUCCUGUUUGGAUCCUCAGCUGUCCACACAGUGGGGCUGGGGCCAACCCUGCUCUUCCUCUCUGUUUGGAGGGUGACUGGUGUGGGAGAAGAGAUCUGCAGUGCAGUCACCAGCACGGAGAACCCUGUCUUGGGCCCUCAGCACUGUGCAGAGCCUGGCAAGAGGAAAGGAUAGAAAACGAGAUCUUGGCUCUUCUCCCUCCCCAGUCGAAGUGGGUGAGGGGCUGCCAAGGGCUUUACAGCAGGGAGAAGAAGGACAGCAUUCAUGGGAUCUGCGUGACUCUGAGCUGCUGGGCUGGGAGCCAGGCACGUCAGCACCUGAUGGGCCAGCACACGAGGAAGGGUUUCUUGCUCCUCACCUUCUUCAGAGCAGCCCUUUCAAGGGGUCCCAGCACAGUGUAGUGAGGUCUCUCCUGUCCCACUGCCCUGCAUAUUCUGGGCUGGACUGUUGCCUGUGUGGGGCAUUACACUGGCACAGUGUGCUGUGGAGGUCUUUCCCCAGGAGCCAGGUUCAUUCACUGCUACCCUGGACCUUGCUUAUUGAGACAGCUGCCCAGGAUCCCUUCUGUCUGCCUGUGUCCUCUCUGUCAUCUUGUGGGGACAGAUUUGGGGUACCUGGAUCAGUCCUUUGGCCAUCUGUGCAGACUGCAAAGAAGCAGCCUCCAGUUGUGCACUGUCUGUGUGGAGGCUGCACAGAUCAUUCCCAGAGAGAGUGCAGGGCUAGGGCUGUGGGAGUGAUCCUGGGGGCUGGACAAUCAUCACCUCUCACAACAGAUCCCCACCACUUCUCCAGGCAGGCUGGAGCCUGCAUAGAGAAUCCUUCCUCCGUUAGCCACUGGACAGAAGAGCCCUUGUGCAGCCUUUUUGGAGAGGUGCCUGGUACUGCUAGGGCAGACUUUCCACUUUCCAGUGAACAGAUGCCUGGCUAUGGCUGGGCCAUAUGGUGUUUUGGACUCACUGCUGUCCCAGCACAACCCGUCCUCCAGCCCUUCAAACAGGUGAGAUUGCUCAGGGCUCUGAUCCCUGGCAACAGCUCCCUGCAAGCUGUGGGAGCUGCCAAUGGUCUGGUGCAGGGAGAGGUGCCACAGGUCCGUGCUUGGAGUGUGUGCCUCUAGAAAGUGCUGCCCAGUCAGUGGGGCCUUGAUGCUGGGUCACCAUUCCGGGAGAGGUUUGGCUGUGAGGGGACUUGCCCUGCUGGCCCAGGAUGUGAGGAAAGCACACUGCGGUGAGGUGAGUAAACAGCACUUCAGGUUUGUGGUCAAGGAUGCUUGUGACAUCCUGGGGACACCUCUGAGGCUGGGAUGAAAUCAGAUUCUGCCUGCCAGCCAACAGUCUGUAUCAGAGCCAGAAUUUCUGGUGCUGGAUUCAUGAUCUUAUCCUGUAAGCCAUUCCUACGGGAGCUGCUACAUCCUUCCUGACUUCUCCAGCAGUCUCGGCUGCUUUUCCCACUCAGUCAGGUUUAUUGGGUGGGCAGUUGCCCGAGGCUCAGUGUCAGCUGCUGUGCUCACUGUCAGGUCCUGUGGAUUUGGGACGUGCAGGGAUGGGAAGGGAGAAGCUGGCAGCUUUGCCCUUUGGCAGCAUGUUGCAGGGCACAAAGCCAGCCAGCCCUCAUUUUAGCCAAGCUGUAAAUUUGGCCCCUUGCUCUUGUGCUCCUCUGAUUUUUCCUGUGGGCUGAGGGUUCAUCCUGCUACUGCUGUGGCUGCUCUGCUACCUUGUCCUUCAGCUCCCUGUGCCCCUAUGCUUGCACACACAGUGCUGUCAGCUCAGCUGUCUGGGUCCAUUUCUGACUCCUCAUGUGCUGCCUGGGCAGCUCCUCAUUUCCUCACUGUUAGGAGCUCAUGGCAAUGGGCUGCGUAACUCCGCUCCCCUCUUCCUCACCCUGCUCAGUCCCAUGCAUCCAGGAGGGACAAAGCCUAUGGAGCUGUCUGCCCUGGCCAGGAUAUCCCUAGCAGUGAUGCUGUGCCUGGCUGGAAUGCUCUGUGCCAAGGUGUGUCCCUUGCAACUCUCUCCUGUGGAGAUUUCUGCAGCACAAUGCAGGAUCCCAAGAUCCUGUACAGUGCAGGGCAGAGAAGCCGGCACUUCCCCAGGCACUCUGGUAGGAAACAGCCAUUUCCAUCUGCAUAAUGGAGACUGUAGCACAACCACCAUCAGCCCACUCUGGGAUAUUUUUAGGCCUGGCUGUGCUGAUGAGGGAGAGAUGACAGGCUCACUCCACAUCCAGACCGUGCAAUGCCUCUCCCAGCUGCAGCCACCUGCUGCAAUGGGAGAAGCGUGGGCUGUUCCCCCAGCAGAGGAAGAACUGACAGGCUGCUGUGGCUCUGGGCUUGCUGGGAGCAGCUACUAGUGCAGGAUAACACCAUCCUUCUCCCUCUGAACUUGUGCAGCUUCACUGCUUUUGAAAGAGCAGCUGAAUCUCACAAAUGCUGAAUCUCCAAAACUGAGCGUGUUCAUGUCCUGCAGCAGAGCACAAACCCUUGGCCAUGUCCUGCAGCACAGGGGUCAGGGCAGUGCAAACUAAGCCCUCAGCUCCUGCACCCUCCCCACACAGCUCCUAUGGCCCAUGCCAUGCUGGGUGGCUCCUCUCCUUUCUUCCUUUUCCCAAGAGGGAGCAGAUAAGCCUCAGCACCCAGGAGUGGGGAAAAAAGGCACUGGGACAUGGCAGGGCUACCUCAGCUGGCAGCUACCUGCCAACCCAGGGCCCCAGGCAGGCAGCUGUUCUCAUGAUCAACCGUGAAGCACCUCCACCAUCAGCACCAGCACUUCCUCCCACCACCUUCCCAGUGACUGGCAGCAUUUAAGGUGCCUGGUGCUUUCCCUUCCUCCUGCCUCUCCUUGCCCUUGUUACUUCCCAUCUCCUUGAUCCCUUUCCUGAACAUCAUGCUUGGUCUGGUCUCAGAUGUGUAGAAGGUGGGAUGCUUCAAGACAUCUCUCUGGGCUCAUGGCCCUGCACUCUGGGAGGUGUUGCUGUCCCUUGCUGCAUCACGGGGUUUUGCGUGGGGCACUCACCCACAGGGGCGCAGUCUGUGGCUCUGCAGACAAGACAAGCCCUGGGAGUUGCUUAUCAGAGGCAGCGUUGCUGACCAUUUCCUUUGGGCAUGUGGGGAGGAGACCAGAGUGACGCAAGUGAGGAAGGUUUGUAAACCUGAAGUGGACACUGACUCAGGCACUUGUGCUGCUGUGGUUAUGCACUGGGUUUUGGCAUCAGCUCACUUGAGCAUGUAUGGGACAGACAAGUAUGAGUAACAGAGCUGGUUGCUGUGUUGUACGAAGGUUGCUGGUGCACUACUUGGGUUCAGAGGCUCCAGUUCAUGAGGGGGCAAAGGGGGAGGAGGUUCAGGUUGAACAGGAUGAAAAGAGGAGCCUGUGGCUAGUGGCCCCAUCACCACAGCAGGCCAGCUGAAGUGCACAAGGGAUUGCUCCAGUGCAAGUAAUUAAGUACUGAAGCUCCAGGCUGGAAACAACGCAUUCCCUGGGUCAAGGGCUGGCAAGGAGCACUGCUGCAGGUAGUGUAAUGCCACAGAGCCAGCUCAGGCUGUUGUACCUGUUUUUAGAAAGACGUGCAUGAGCUGGAAGAGCAGGUGAACAAAACUGUCCUCAGGCAGAGCCCUCCACACCUUCUCCACUACCUUCUCUGGCAUGCAGGAAUUAGUCCUGGCCUCCUUUUUGCUGCUGGAGCUGUUUGGACAGGAGAUCAGGAGGGGUGCUUACAGGUCAGGGCAGAACAGCAAGCAUGUCCAUGCAGCAUCUCUGUCCCUGAGCCGCAGAUGUCAAAAAACUUGAGACCUUAAACUUGUUGAAUCUAGUUGAGAUCUAAACUUCUUUUACAAGCUGCUUCAUGGUGAGGAUGGCUGGCUCUGCAGCCCUCAGUGACCAUGCUGUACUUAAUUUCAGGCUUGAGUUUUUCCCAUCUUCAGCUUCUCACCUUUGGCUCCUGCACUUCCUUCUGCCCAUACCAGUACUCUGAUCCCUCUGGCAGUGAGGAGACCCUCUCCUGUGGCAGUGAAGUAGCUUGUACUCCUCACAUCCCAUGCAGGCUUAUUUGUCACAUUUCCAACACUUAGCUCCUUUUGUGUGGUGGUGCUGCUGCUCCUUGGGAUUUCUGUGCCUGUGCUGAAGUUUGGAGAGCUGGACCAGACUUCAGGUUGACUUUGCCAGAGCUGUAGCUCUGCUUGGAAAUUGUCUCCAUGCCCCUCUGACUCAUGGCCCUCAGAGCCAAAGUACUGUGCUGCAGGCUCACAGCAACAGUCCUGUGCGAGGACAGCUCUUUCUCAGCUUUUUUCCUUAAUUUCACCUCCCACCCCAGCUUUCAGGGAGAUUCUUCACUCUGCAGUACAGCCUGUCUUCUCCAUUCCCAAGAACCUUCCUUUGCAGCCCAUAACUGCUGUGGGCUGUUGUCAUUUUCCCAGGCCAUUCAGCUCAUGCUGUAGCAGCAAGCAUCCUGUUCAGUGUUUUGUCAGCCCCAAAUUUGUAAGCCUUCAUCUUGUCAUCCAGACAAUUGACAUUAAGACCUAUUAAAUGGGAAUGGACCAGGGGUCACUGGGGGUCUAGGCAGGCUUCCUGUUGUUGAUUUUUCCCCAUUAAGCUUGGCUCACUGACAGAUCUUAGAAUGUAGCUGUUAAUACAUGUAGUUGGUAAUCUACUUGAAUCCUAUUAAUUCUUUAUAAUACAUGCUUUUAAUGAAAAUCCUACAGCAUUAUUGACAGCAGUGGAGAAGGCAAAGUGUUCUCUAUAGAUGCUCCUGCUCUCAGCAGCCAGAACUUUCUUUUUGCCUAGGGAGUAGUUUCCCUGUGUAACAGCCUCAGAAUGCCCUUAGCUGUGCUUUUACCUACCCAGUGGCAGUCUGGGGCUCUCUGCCAUUUCUCUGCCCAUUGCUUUGACCCUUCAGAUUAUUCUGUCCUACUACCAGCUGACCAUUCAUUAAAAAUUAACACGUGUUUGGGAGAGUCUGUGAUUAAAUCAUCAAAUUGUUUGCAAAUUACUUGGGCCUGUAGAGUGACUGGGGCUGGUUUGGGGAGCUGUAGCCUCUCCUUGUGCCACCGCUUUACCAAAUUCCCUCCUCUGUGAUAGCAUGUGAGAUGGAGUCACUCCUGCCAUUCCUGUUUGAGAGGAGGCAGUGGCUGGAUGGUGCCUGCUUGCCUCCCCUGACUCUUCUAGCUGUUUUUAUGGUAUGAAAGGGGAUGGGGUAAUGCCUGUCUGGAGAGCUCAAGAUGAACCUAUUGAGGUUCAUGGCCAUCACAGUUCUAACCAUCUCUGAAAUUCAAGUUUAUUCAGCAAUCAUCUCAGAAAUUCAAGGACAGCACUCCUGGCUUCAGAGAGGCAGCACAGCCACAGCUGGAGCUGGGCUCAUUCCAGGUUCCUGCAGCACUGGCAUGAAGAAGUGCAUUGUGAUAUCCAGUGAUGGCACCUGGGCUGAGCAGGAUUCCCUGUUUCACACCCAGAUCUCAGGUCAUGUAGAAGAGCAGAUUUAAUGUGAAGAUGGGACUCUUGGUGUUUAUGCGUAACCUGCUGCUAGCCCUCUGCCUCUUUCUGGUACUGGGAUUUCUGUACUAUUCUGCUUGGAAAUUGCACCUUCUCAGAUGGGAGGAUUCAAAUUCAGUGGUUCUUUCCUUUGACUCCGUUGGACGUACAAUAGGCUCAGCUUUCCUUGUUGAACAGGAAGGAGAGAGAGAAAAACUGUGGCUAUUGUGCUUCCGCUGUCCAUCCCAUCUCACCUUGCUGCAGACCCAGGAAAAGACAGAGCCCAGAAAGAACCCACAGAAACCAUGGCAGCUCCAGGCCCAGCCAUUCCCAGUAGAAUAUGACAAACUGGGCUUUCUCCUGAACCUGGACUCAAAAUUGCCUCCAGAACUGGCAUCAAAGUAUGCCAAUUUCUCUGAGGGAGUGUGCAAGCCUGGCUAUGCAUCAGCGCUCAUGACUGUCAUCUUCCCAAAGUUCUCGAAGCCGGCACCAAUGUUCUUGGAUGAUUCCUUCAGGAAAUGGGCACGUAUCAGGGACUUUGUACCCCCCUUUGGAAUUAAAGGACAAGAUAAUCUGAUCAAAGCCAUCCUGUCAGCAACCAAAGAUUAUCGUCUAACUCCAGCUCUUGACAGUCUCAGCUGCCGGCGAUGUAUUAUUGUGGGAAAUGGUGGAGUACUUGCAAAUAAGUCAUUAGGGUUAAAAAUUGAUGACUAUGAUGUUGUUGUCAGGCUGAACUCGGCUCCAGUGAAGGGCUUUGAAAAAGAUGUGGGUGGCAAGACAACACUCCGGAUCACAUAUCCUGAAGGUGCAAUCCAGAAAAUGGAGCAGUAUGAGAAGGAUUCCCUGUUUGUUCUGGCAGGAUUCAAAUGGCAGGAUUUCAAGUGGCUGAAAUACAUUGUUUACAAGGAGAAAGUGAGUGCCUCUGAUGGCUUUUGGAAGUCAGUGGCAACCCGUGUCCCCAGGGAACCUCACGAGAUUCGUAUCCUGAACCCCUACUUCAUCCAGGAGGCAGCUUUCAGCUUCAUUGGACUGCCUUUCAACAACGGCCUCAUGGGCAGAGGGAACAUCCCCACCUUGGGAAGCGUAGCAAUAACCAUGGCGCUGCACAACUGUGAUGAGGUGGCGGUAGCUGGGUUUGGCUAUGACAUGAGUUCACCCAAUGCUCCGCUGCACUACUAUGAGAACAUCAAGAUGUCUGCCAUCAAAGAGUCCUGGACGCACAACAUCCAGAGGGAGAAGGAAUUUCUGAGAAAGCUGGUGAGAGCCCGAGUCAUCACUGACCUAACCAGUGGGAUUUGAGUGGCUGCAGCCACAGUGUCCAAGGGAGGAGAUGAAGACACACUGCAGCUCUGGGAGCAGGCACUGGCAGCCCACUGCAAGAAUCCCACCUCACUGAAGAUACACAGAGAUGCCCAGGUGCUCUGGGAAGACCCUCUUGCACUGCCAGUCUGCACGAGGGUUACAUCUCCCACCUCCAGGCCUAGACCUGGCAGGAGGUGGGCAAGGGGCUGAGUGGACAGUUCUCGAACUCUGCAUCACAGACAGAUCUUCUGCAUCCUGAAUUAGACAGGAAAGACUCAGGAGAGAGAAGAAAGGUUUGUGAGUAAAAUUAGUGCCAAAUGGGAGGUGAUGCUGCCCCAAGGCAGCAAAGCCUGAAUGUACAAAGUAUUAUUUUUUAAAAGACUCUGCUGGAACCAUACUAGAAAUACCAAGGUACAAGGCAAAGUCUGCUUGUGCACAGCCCUGCAAAAAACCUGGCCUCUUCAUGCUCCAUCUGCGUUGUCACCGGCCUCAGACCUUUCCGCAGGAAAACAAAUCCAUCCAAAACUUUGGUGUCAUUGGUGCUGCUACAAUUCGAAGGGAGAAUGAUGGCUUCCUCUUAUUCUCCACUUGGAGCUUCUGGAUGGAGAUGAGCAUGGGUUUGUUUUUCUGCAUUUUUCCUCACUUCCUCCACAGAGGCAGUAAGAGCAGCAGCCACUGACUUGGCUGUGUUUUUCAUAGCCAUUUGCUCUGCCUCUGCCCUGACCCCGAGGUGGAGCAGGCAGCCGGUGGCUUUCUCCGCCUGCAGCAGACCCUCCCCACCCUCUUGCCUGUCAGGAUGCAGAGGAGCCUGCCCCGUUGUGCUCAAGGCUUUCAGGCCUCUUGGUUUGUGCCUGCUGUGCAGGGCCCCCGUGGAGUCCGUGCAGACUGGUGUCACUGUUUCUGGACAGCAUCUCGCUUUGGUUUUGUGUGGGAGGGGAGUAUUUAUUCUUUGGAAGGAGGUCAGAUCUUGAGCAGAGAUCUCAAGCUUUACAGUUUGAGAGCAGACUGCUGAAGAUGUUUGUUAUAUGUUCCAGACUCGAUCAUGUUCCCUAUUUAAGCGACGUGUGACCUCAAUGAUGAUGGAACCUGAUGGGAACUCUCACCCUCUGCUCGGCCCCUGCUCACUCCAUUUCCAAGCUCCUCCCGUGCUGCUCUAGCACUGCUGCUCCUCCUGCUCUCAGGAGCACGUCCUUCCUUCGCCGUCCCAAGAUGCACUAUUUGCACAUUUGAUUUGUAGACGUAUUUCAGAGGAGCUGGAAUAAACUGACCAAUGUGGCCAAGUGCGAGGGCAGCAGGGUGGUCUCAUCCACCUGAAGAGCAUGGGCAGAAGGGAGAUUGCCAAGGGAAUGAACAGUUACACGUGGAAAGUGGCUCCUGUGCUCUCCUAGCCUGGAGCAGGCUGGAGUGCACUCACAGGCACUGUCCCACAGCCAGCCGGUGCUGGGGUCAGUGGAGGGGGAUCCCAGAGGGGUGUGGGUUGGGCUCAUGGUCCUGGCACUGUGUCUGACGUAGCCCAAGGAUUGCAGUCUGCCUUGCUCUGGACUGAAGGGAGCAUGACCCUGGCAUGGGCAAGGAAUGCUCAGAGCAGGGUUCGUGUGGCUCCUGCAGACCAACUCUGUGCCCACUGCCUUGCAGGGACUGUGACUUUGGACCUGAGAGCCUCCAGGGGGUGUGCAGGAGGGGCAGGCAGUGACCUGGGCGUGGGGCAGACAAGCAAACUGUACAGAAUGGUUUGAGACCAGGCUGCUCCCAGGACGUGGCACUGAGUGCUGCUUACAGACCAGUGAGGGAUGUGUCCCUCUCCUGCCUGCUGUGCCUAUAGCCAAGGAGCUUGCUCAGGGGUAAGUAAUGCCCAGCUUCUUGUUGUGGCUGCGCUUUCCCUUGUCAUCUGGGAGCAGCUCAAAGAUCCUGCUGCUUCUGGGCUGCAGAAGGUAUAGUGGGAGGCUCUCCUUCCCUUUACCCUUCCCAUGUGUCAUCUCCACUGCUCUGGAUCUGGCUAAGGCUGUGGCUGGGGAAGGGUUGACAUCCACUCUCUGUCUUGAUGCUUUCAGCAGCUGCCAUGAAAGCCCUAGGGCUGUAUCCAUGGGCUGCAGUGAGCUGAGAUGCAAGAGUGGGCAGCUGCACCCAGGAGGAAGGAAGGGCCUUUGGUGUCUGUGCUGAGCUCCUCUCCACCCACUGGGGGAAGGACCCCCACAGAGGAUUGUGAUGGCAUUAAUUUGAUUAAGACUGCUUUAUUGAACAGUACAAAGCUAUAGGGCACUUUUAUCUUCCAACUCAGUGGCUCCAGGUCCAAGGACACUGCUCAGCCUUCCCUGUCAUCCCAGCUCUCCACCACAGCCAUGAACAAGUCCUGAUGGGAAGCUGACCCUACAGACCAGGGAGAUGACUCCAAGCUCUUUCCUCCACCUUGACAGGGAUCUCCAGGGAGAAGAGUCCAAGUUGAAUAGCUGAGUGCAUGGCCCAGACUGACUGUGGUGGGCCAGGACCACCCGCAUGUAGAAGGAAAGAGUGUUUGGGGACCAAGACUCUCCUCUAACUCACUGACACGACAGAGCAGCCCAUGGCCAGGUGAUGGGGCUCCAGCUCCAGGAGCAGUGCACAGCACUGGGUUUUGCUCCUGGGUGCCAUUCUUUUGGCUGCCUCCCCACGAGCACCUGCAGCCACCUCCCGCCCUUGACACGCUGCAGCCCUGGCAGCUCGGAGCAGUGCCCGCGGGUCAGAGCAGGGUCAGUGGGACGGAUGUGAGCCUUGGCCUCUCCCUCACCGUGACUCACCUUGUCAGAUUGGAAGGGAGAGCCCAGGGGAAUUCUCCACAGCCUAAAUAUAGAGCGGGGUUGCCUGGUGCCUUGAUGCGCUGUGGUGCAGAAAGGCUGCUCGGGUGGCAGGGAACCUGCCUAGAGACAGCCCAGGGAGAUACAGGGAGAUCAGAGGCCAGUGACCACAGUGGGUUUUGCUCCAACUAGUGCAGAGAGCAGGUCUGGGGGGCUGCAGGGCAGCCUGCAUGUGCUGCUCUGGAGGACAGGAGCUGCCAGAGAGCUGCUGCUGCUGUGCUGACCACACCAUGGGCUGCUUGUGCAUUUGUAGCAGUGCCCACCACACUGGCAUUGGGCUCCCACCACCAGCUCACCCUGUUAGGCCUGGCCAUGCUGUGGCCUCAAGCUCACACAUGCCAAAGGUAAGCACCAUGGCCAGGUAGCAUGAGGCAGCAGUGGGAUCCAGCCCAGCAUUCCUCAUCCCAGCAUCUCUGGGCUUCCAGUGUCUCCUUCCUUGAAGGGAGAAGUGGAGAGGCCCUGCCUGGCCAUGCUGUGCUACCCCUCAGUGUGAGCACUGCUGGGAGUGGGGGAAGGUGUCAGGACAGGGGCGUCUGUGUUAAAUGAGGGCAGUUGGGUUUGGCACGGGCAGAACUGGGCAUGGGCAAGGGCUUCCAGAGUGUUUGGCAGGGAGGCAGCCCCACGCUGAGCACAGUGUGUGCUCUCAAUCCGAGCAUGUGCCACUCACAGUAUUAGAGACGUGUCCUUCAGUGCAGGAGCCCCUCUGGGGCCACUGCCCAGCCCCUCUGGGCUCUGGCUCCUUGCACAGCCUGCACAGGGUCUGGGAAAGGCCAGUGCAUUCGCCGGUACUGUACCAAGCCAAGAUGCAAGAACUCAAUGAGUUUUUAAAAUUAGUUUUAGUUUCUGCAUUUUUUUUUUAAUUUCCCCUCUAGGCAGGGAGGGUAAGAGUCUUGUAGGCUCCUCCAAGCCGGCUUAUGUCACAUCAAUUCUGUCAUAUCACAGAAGCAAUAAAGCUAUCAAACAAG